GAGGAGGAGGGCAUUGAGGGAGAAGACGAGCUAUCAAUGACAUCCACCAGCUUCGGUGUCUGAGGCCGCCUGACCGGCCACCCCGUGCCCGCACAAGACCCCCCCCAGGACGGGCGUGACAUGCUCUUGUCCCCCGCUCGUCAGGCAGACCCUCCACGGGAUUACACUGCAGCCGUGGAAGCUUCCAGCUGCAAAUCCACCCACAUGCAUCUCGCAGACGGCGUAGAAGAAGAAGACGACGGUGCACUUCCGACCGAGAGUGCCUACCCCUGCUGAGUGAAGCCCCGCCCCCGCCCACGCCUCCGCCUGUCUCCGAGCAGCCCGGCGGCGGGACCAUGCGUCUGCACGGCACAGGUGGAGCGCUCGCCCGUUCCGGGAGGCCCAUCCCUGGGCUGUGUCUACUACUACUGCCUCUCUUCAUGCUGCUCCUCCAAGGCGUGCAUGGAGCACUCGCUCCCCCGAGAUUCACCAAGAUCCCCACGGACCAGAUCGGCGUGUCGGGGGGCGUGGCGUCGUUCGUGUGCCAGGCCGCCGGGAGCCCCAAGCCGGUGGUCUACUGGAACAAGAAGGGCAAGAAGGUCCACUCUCAGCGUAUCGAGACCAUCGAAUUCGACGAAGGCGCCGGCGCCGUGCUGAGGAUCCAGCCUCUGCGACAGCCGCGGGACGACAACAUCUACGAGUGCGUGGCGCGCAACAGCGAGGGCGAGAUGUCCGUCACCGCCAAGCUGGCCGUUAUCAGAGAGGACCUGUUGCCAUUUGGCUUCCCGAGCAUCGACAUGGGCCCCCAGUUGAAGGUGGUGGAGCGCACCAGGACGGCCACCAUGCUGUGCGCCGCCAGCGGGACCCCCGACCCGGAGAUCUCCUGGUUCAAGGACUUCCUGCCCGUGGAACCCGGCUCCAGCCAAGGUCGCAUCAAGCAGCUCAGAUCAGGAGCGUUACAGAUCGAGAACAGCGAGGAGACGGACCAAGGGAAGUACGAGUGCGUGGCCACCAAUUCUCAAGGGGUGCGCUACUCCUCGCCGGCCAACCUCUACGUGCGAGGAGCGACAGACACAUUGCGCCGCGUUCCCCCUCGUUUCUCCAUCCUUCCCUCCAACCACGAAAUCAUGCCGGGAGGGAGCGUCAACAUCACCUGCGUGGCGGUGGGCUCCCCCAUGCCGUACGUCAAGUGGAUGGUGGGCAGCGAGGACCUGACCCCCGAGGACGAGAUGCCCAUCGGCCGUAACGUGCUGGAGCUCAACGGCGUGCGGGAGUCGGCCAACUACACCUGCGUGGCCAUGAGUAGCCUGGGCAUCAUCGAGGCCACGGCUCAGGUCUUAGUCAAGACCUUGCCAAAACCUCCUGGCACGCCCAUCGUCACAGAGACUACAGCCACCAGCGUAACCAUCACCUGGGACUCUGGCAACCCCGACCCGGUCUCCUACUACAUAAUCCAGUACCGAGCCAAAGGCCCGGACAGCAAAUACGAGACCGUGGACAGCAUCACCACCACGCGCUACAGCAUCGGCGGGCUGUACCCAAACACAGAGUAUGAAAUCCGAGUGUCAGCCUUCAAUAGCAUCGGCCAGGGACCGCCCUCUGUACGCGUGGAGGCCAGGACCGGCGAGCAGGCCCCGGCCAGCCCGCCUCGAAACGUCCAGGCCCACAUUAUUUCACAGAACACGGUGAUGGUCCGCUGGGAGGAACCGGAGGAACCAAAUGGGCAGGUGAAGGGCUACCGCGUGUACUACACCAUGGACCCCUCCCGGCCCAUGAACGAAUGGAAGAUCCAUAAUGUCCAGGACAGUGUGAUCACCACCAUACAGAGCCUGGUCACCUCGGAGACCUACACCAUCCAAGUCCUGGCUUUCACCUCGGUGGGAGACGGGCCCUUCUCCGACCCGGUCCAUGUUAAAGUCAUGCCAGGAGUCCCAGGUCAGCCGGGUAAGUUUAAAAUCGGGAGGGUGACGGACACCAGCAUCGAGCUGACCUGGGAGCCCGCCUACACCAAGGAGGGAAUCAUCAACUACGAGCUCCUUUACAAACCUGUCAAGUUCGGCAGUCUGGAAAAGCUGACCUUCGGCCCACGUAACUCGUACACGGUGGAGGGUCUGAAGGCCAACACGGAGUACUCCUUCUCCCUGGCUGCCAUGUCCAACAAAGGCAUCGGAGCCUUCACCAACGAGCUGGUGCAGAGGACGUCACAAGCCAAGCCCUCCGCCCCGCCCCAGGGCGUGUCCUGCCAGAGCGCCGGCUCCACCUCUCUGAGCGUUAGUUGGAGGCCGCCUCCGUGGGAGGGCCAGAAUGGCGAGUUGGCAGGUUAUGAGCUGAGGUACCGCAGAGUUUCUGGGUCGGGAGGCAGAGGUCAGGGCCAGGAGGUGGAUGGGCUGGCGCUCCCGGCCCAGCAGGGGAAGACUGUAGUAGAGGGUCUGGAGAAGUGGAGCUGGUACAACAUCACCAUGACAGCCUCCACCUCGGUAGGGAGUGGACCCCACAGCUCGCCCGUGCUCUGCAGAACCGAUGAAGACGUUCCAGGGGCGGCCCCUCGCCACGUGGACAUCCAGCCGUUCAAUUCCUCCGCCCUCCGCGUCACCUGGCGCUCCGUGUCGCCCAGGUCGCGGCAAGGCCAGAUCCGGGGCUACCAGGUGCACUACAGCCGCGCCGGGGGCGGCCAAUCCCGAAGCCUCCCCUGGAUCAAAGACCUCUUGUUAGACGAGGCCCAGGUGAAGAUGGAGGAGGACGACUCCACUCAGUAUGCGAUGAUUUUGGGAGACCUGCAGGCGGAGACUUUGUACUCAGUGUCGGUGGCAGCUUACACCACCAAAGGUGACGGAGCUCACAGCAAAGCCAAGCUGGUGCAGACCUCAGGGAUGGUUCCUGGGCCUCCUUGCCUGGGGGUGCACUUGGGACCGGGUCCGUCGGUGGUGCUGCGAUGGACUCCCCCGCCGGAGUGCUCAGAGUCCGACUCCGACGGCCCGAGGCCGCCGCUGGAAAUCCGCGGCUACCGCCUCCAGUUUGGCCUGAAGAACUCCACCCCGGAGACCACGGUGGAUCUCCCAAGUCCAGAGAAGAACUUCACCGUCACAAACCUCACCCCGGGAUCCUCCUACGUCUUUCUUCUCUCCGCGAGGAGCCGGGCGGGUCUGGGGGAAGCGGCGCGGCGGGAAGUGACGCUGCCCGUCUUCCCCCCCUCGGGAUACCCCAAAAUAUCCGACUUUGUCAACGCCACCUGCUGCUCCCUGCAGUUCUCCUGGCGGCCCCCCGACCGCGGGGAGUGCAACGGCGUCAUCACCGAGUACAACGUGGCCUACAAGGAGGCGGCGGGCCCACGAGCCUCGGAGCUCCCCGCCCCCCUGCAUGUGGUCACGCUGCCGGCCGGCCACUUCAGCUACACCAUCCUGGGCCUGGACCACGGCACGGCCUACGAGGUGCAGCUCAGAGCCCGCAACAAGGCGGGGCUCGGCCCCUUCAGCCCCCCUCGGCGGUGCCGAACCCUGGCCUUCGACACAGACGUGCCGAGGAAUUUUUCCGUCAACCUGGCCACCAGGACCAGCGUUCUUCUGACCUGGGAGUUCCCGGAGAGCAGCAACCCGUACCGCUUUACCGUGGAGUACAACCGGCAGAAGAUGGAGGUGGAUGCUCGCCUGAAGAAGGCGGUCAUCCCCAACCUUCAGCCCGACACCAGCUACGACUUCAAGAUCACAGCCCCGGAAGGCAACAUGGGCGGCCUUCGCCACCGCAUCACGGCCAAAACCUCCCCGCCGAUCACCAUCCGCCGCCCUGAGAUCGACCACACCCGCGACACGGAGACCACGGUCACCAUAAUCCUGCCCUCACUGGAGUCUCGAACACCUGUCAAGAAUGUUUAUGUGGUUGUGGUUCCACUGAGGAGAGCCAGAGGCGUCAUCAGACACCUGAAGAGCCCGGAUGAAAUGGACUUAGAAGAGCUGUUAAAAGACAUCAGUCAGAAGCAGAGAGACUCCCGCCAGCAGAAGCAGAUGGACCUGCGCCGCGCUUACAUCACGGCCCGCUUCACACCCGCCACCCUGCCGGCCUUCUUCACCUUGGGCGACCAGCUGGACUACGGCGGCUUUGAGAACCGCGCCUUAGAGCCCGGGCAGGAAUACGUCUUCUUCAUCCUGGCGGAACUCAACUCCACCACCGGGAAGAUGUACGUGGCCAGCCCCUACACUGACCCAGUCAUCGCCCCGGACUCAGACCCCCAGCCGCUGGAUGCGGGCGACGGUCUCAUCUGGGUGGUCGGACCCGUGCUGGCGGUGGUCUUCAUCAUCUGCAUCGUCAUCGCCAUUCUGCUCUACAAGAACAAACCUGACAGCAAGCGCAAAGAGUCCGAGCCAGGGACCAAGAGUCUGCUGAGUAACGCAGAGAUGAUGGCCCAUCACCCUACAGACCCCGUGGAGAUGAGACGCAUCAACUUCCAGACUCCAGGAAUGAUGAGCCACCCUCCCAUCCCCAUCAGCGAGCUGGCGGAGCACAUCGAGCUGCUGAAAGCCAACGACAACCUCCGACUCUCCCAGGAAUACGAGUCCGUCGACCCCGGUCAGCAAUUCACUUGGGAACAUUCCAACCUGGAGGUCAACAAGCCCAAAAACCGCUACGCCAACGUGAUCGCCUACGACCACACCCGAGUCAUCCUGGCGCCCAUAGAAGGUGUCCUGGGAAGUGACUACAUCAACGCCAAUUACGUGGACGGUUACAGGAAGCAGAACGCCUACAUCGCCACCCAGGGCCCGCUGGCCGAGACGUUCGGGGACUUCUGGAGGAUGGUGUGGGAGCAACGGGCCGCCUCCGUGGUCAUGAUGACACGCCUGGAGGAAAAGUCACGGAUCAAGUGUGACCAGUACUGGCCCAGUCGGGGCACGGACACAUACGGGACCAUCCAGCUCACCCUGCUGGACACCAUGGAGCUGGCCACCUUCUGUGUGCGCACCUUUUCCCUCCACAAGAGCGGCAGCAGUGAACGGCGAGAAGUGCGUCAGUUCCAGUUCACCGCCUGGCCAGACCACGGCGUUCCAGAGUACCCCACCCCCUUCCUCAACUUCCUGCGCAGGGUCAAGACCUGCAACCCUCCGGACGCCGGUCCUAUCAUCGCACACUGCAGCGCCGGCGUUGGCCGCACCGGCUGCUUCAUCGUCAUCGACGCCAUGUUGGAGCGCAUCCGCCACGAGCGCACCGCCGACAUCUACGGCCACGUGACGCUGAUGCGCUCGCAGAGGAACUACAUGGUGCAGACGGAGGACCAGUACAGCUUCAUCCACGAGGCGCUGCUGGAGGCGGUGGCCUGCGGGAACACGGAGGUGGCGGCCAGGAGUCUCUACUCCUACAUGCAGAAGCUGGCCAAGGUGGAGAACGGCGAGCACGUCACCGGCAUGGAGCUGGAGUUUAAGCGACUGGCCAACACCAAAGCCCACACGUCCCGCUUCGUCACAGCCAACCUCCCCUGCAACAAAUUCAAGAACCGGCUUGUCAACAUCAUGCCCUACGAGACCACCCGCGUCUGCCUGCAGCCCAUCCGAGGCCUGGAGGGGUCGGACUACAUCAACGCCAGCUACAUUGACGGUUACAGGCAGCAGAAAGGCUACAUCGCCACCCAGGGGCCACUGGCAGAAACCACAGAGGACUUCUGGAGGAUGCUGUGGGAGCACAACUCUACCAUCGUGGUCAUGCUGACUAAACUAAGAGAGAUGGGCCGGGAGAAGUGUCACCAGUACUGGCCAGCCGAGCGCUCGGCCAGGUACCAGUACUUUGUGGUGGACCCCAUGGCCGAGUACAACAUGCCCCAGUACAUCCUGCGGGAGUUCAAAGUAACAGAUGCCAGGGACGGGCAGUCCCGAACAGUCCGCCAGUUCCAGUUCACCGACUGGCCCGAGCAAGGUGUGCCCAAGUCGGGCGAGGGCUUCAUCGACUUCAUCGGCCAGGUGCACAAAACCAAGGAGCAGUUUGGCCAGGAUGGACCAAUCAGCGUUCACUGCAGUGCCGGCGUGGGUCGCACGGGGGUCUUCAUCACGCUGAGCAUAGUGCUGGAGAGGAUGCGCUACGAAGGGGCGGUGGACAUCUUCCAGACUGUCAAGAUGCUGCGGACACAGAGACCCGCCAUGGUGCAGACCGAGGACGAGUACCAGUUCUGCUACCAGGCCGCCCUGGAGUAUUUGGGUAGCUUCGACCACUAUGCAACAUAAGCCAAGACAUGACGGGCACCAAGGAUGUCAAACACCAACCAGGACUUUCAAAAAAAGAAGAAAAAAAAGAAAUAACAACAACAACAAAUCCGUGCUCGACCCUCCAUGUGUAAUCAUAUCUUACCUCAGUGUUCCAGUGUGAAGGGCGUAUAUUCAUGCAUACUGUACGUGAGUGACGGGCGUAUAUUCAUGCAUACUGUACGUGAGUGACGGGCGUAUAUUCAUGCAUACUGUACGUGAGUGACGGGCGUAUAUUCAUGCAUACUGUACGUGAGUGAAGGGCGUAUAAUCAUGCAUACUGUACGUGAGUGAAGGGCGUAUAAUCAUGCAUACUGUACGUGAGUGACGGGCGUAUAUUCAUGCAUACUGUACGUGAGUGACGGGCGUAUAAUCAUGCAUACUGUACGUGAGUCACGGGCGUAUAAUCAUGCAUACUGUACGUGAGUGAAGGGCGUAUAAUCAUGCAUACUGUACGUGAGUGAAGGGCGUAUAAUCAUGCAUACUGUACGUGAGUGACGGGCGUAUAAUCAUGCAUACUGUACGUGAGUGACUGGCGUAUAAAAAUGCAUACUGUACGUGAGUGAAGGGCGUAUAUUCAUGCAUACUGUACGUGAGGGACGAUGCGUAUAUUCAUGCAUACUGUACGUGAGUGAAGGGCGUAUAAUCAUGCAUACUGUACGUGAGUGACGGGCGUAUAUUCAUGCAUACUGUACGUGAGUGAAGGGCGUAUAAUCAUGCAUACUGUACGUGAGUGAAGGGCGUAUAAUCAUGCAUACUGUACGUGAGUGACGGGCGUAUAUUCAUGCAUACUGUAUGUGAGUGAAGGGCGUAAAAUCAUGCAUACUGUACGUGAGUCACGGGCGUAUAAUCAUGCAUACUGUACGUGAGUGACGGGCGUAUAUUCAUGCAUACUGUACGUGAGUGACAGGCGUAUAAUCAUGCAUACUGUACGUGAGUGACGGGCGUAUAUUCAUGCAUACUGUACGUGAGUGACGGGCGUAUAAUCAUGCAUACUGUACGUGAGUGAAGGGUGUAUAAUCAUGCAUACUGUACGUGAGUGACGGGCGUAUAAUCAUGCAUACUGUACGUGAGUGACGAGCGUAUAGUCAUGCAUACUGUACGUGAGUGAAGGGCGUAUAAUCAUGCAUACUGUGCGUGAGUGACGGGCGUAUAAUCAUGCAUACUGUACGUGAGUGAAGGGCGUAUAAUCAUGCAUACUGUACGUGAGUGACGGGCGUAUAAUCAUGCAUACUGUACGUGAGUGACGGGCGUAUAUUCAUGCAUAUACUGUAUGUGAGUGAAGGGCGUAUAAUGAAGGGCGUAUAUUCAUGCAUACUGUACGUGAGUGACGGGCGUACAUUCAUGCAUACUGUACGUGAGUGACGGGCGUAUAUUCAUGCAUACUGUACGUGAGUGACAGGCGUGUAUAUUCAUGUGUCGUGGUCCGCUAUCUCCAAUAUGAACAAGUCAAAUAGAGGAAGAGGAUUUGUGUAGAAAUGCUAAAAAAAAACACAAAGAGCCUGGAUAUUUGCUGCACCCUUAACGGGCCUUUUUACCCUGGACUUUGUACCUACUGGUCUGGUGUGCUCCCCACUGGUCUGGUGUGCUCCCCACUGGUCUGGUGUGCUCCCCACUGGUCUGGUGUCCUCCCCGCUGGUCUGGUGUGCUCCCCACUGGUCUGGUGUGCUCCCUACUGGUCUGGUGUCAUCCCUACUGGUGUCAUUUUUCGCGAGGUCUCCUCUUAAGGGGGCCGGCGUGAGGACCACCCGCCCCCCGCAGGAGACCCAAGAUGCACAGGUGCCAAUCAACUAUGGCCUCCGCGGCUAAACAUGGAUUGAGUCGGAAUAUUCCGGCGCUUUUUUGACCACGCUUGCUUUGCUGGACUUGGCUUGUAAUCGCUCCUUCGUCCUCCUCUUCUUUUUUGAGGCCGGGCCCACCGCCUGGGCUCCAAAUGGUGGCUUAUUGACAGGCUGGCUCACGAAAGACUUCUCCUUUUAUUUGAUUUAUUGUUGUUAUUGUCAUUGCCUUACGCUGGUUUGAGUUCCAACACGCCGCUUUGCUCACACGGUCACACCACUUACCUUUACGACGUGAAAAAGAAGAAGAAGAAGAAGAAAGCCCCUUCCCAAAGCCAGCUUACUUGAAGUCCACCACAUGGCGAUUAAUCAAUACCGUAAUGACCCGAAUAUAAGUCAACCAUCCCAUUUAUAGCUGUUUUUUAAUUACUUCCUUGAUUGUGCAACAGUUUUGUUUUUUGUUUUUUAACCCGAGGGUUGUGUGAGUGACAGGAAGAAAAGCUCUGAUGCGCUUCGGGGCAUGCAUGGACCCCAAAUAAUGAUUCUUUAACUUUGUUUUACCAAAAUUGUCUCUCCAAGUACCACCGUAAUGAGCAACAUUCAAAUACAGUAGCGUAGUAGACCUUGGUACUCAUUAAAAAAAACAAGGUAGAUGUUUUAUUUAACGGGUAUAGUCAACGUUCCCUCUAAGGUGCGCGUCUACAAAAUAAAAUCCAAUCUGAACUACAAACAAAAUAAACAUAACUAUUUAAUCUGUAGGAUUUUGCAAUGCGACUGUGAGUGACAGCUGACAACGAGCCGCCCUAACAGAUAAAACAAUGAUUGCGACGUCUUUCUAGGACAUUAAUUCCAUCCAUCAAUUUCACGGAGCAAAAACGUUUUAUUGUCGGUCGUAACCACAACAAAAACGUGAGUAAAAAAAAACGACUAUUUAGCAAAACUGGUCAUUUUGUGCCGUACAAACUGGGCCAAGACCAACUCUUUGUCAUAUCAGCCACUGAUGCGUUUAGGGCCACGCAAAAAGUGGGACAACUCCAACACUACACAUAAAGUGUAAAUGCCAGGUUAUUUUUAAGAAUGUUAAUUUACGGAUAUUAAUCAUGAAAUGCUCAUAAAAAGAUAUAUUUUACAGACAAAGUUACAGGAAUGUAUACACUCUAUCCCAUGCUUACAUCUCAUUGUGCAACAUGAGAAUGUUUUAAGGGGAAUUAAAUGAGAUCUCUGAAAGGGGUACACAUUCUUCCCAAAGUAAGAUCCCCACCCAGACACGCGCACGAAAAACAAGAUUUUGUUUAUUUUAAUCGUAAAUCAUGUAAAUUAGAAAAUAAUCUCAUGAAAAUGACUGCUGUCAUUUGAGUAUCAUAAUAAAACAAUCAUCGUCAACACUGUUAUUGCAACGUCUUUCUAGAUGCUUUAAAGAGGACAUCAAUUCCAUCCAUCACUUUUGCUGAGCAAAAACGUUUUAUUGUCGGCCGUAACCACAACAAAAACAUGAGUAAAAAAAAGACUAUUUAGCAAAACUGGUCAUUUUGUGCCGUACAAACUGGGCCAAGACCAACUCUUUGUCAUAUCAGCCACUGAUGCGUUUAGGGCCACGCAAAAAGUGGGACAACUCCAACCCUACAUAAAGUCUAAAUGCCAGGUUAUUACUAGAAAUAUUAAUUUACGGAUAUUAAUCAUGAAAUGCUCAUAAAAAUAUAUAUUUUACAGACAAAGUUACAGGAAUGUAUACACUCUAUCCCAUGCUUACAUCUCAUUGUGCAACAUGAGGAUGUUUUAAGGGGAAUUAAAUGAGAUCUCUGAAAGGGGUAGAAAUUCUUCCCAAAGUAGGAUCCCCACCCAGACACGCUGGUACAUAGCUCAUGAAAAACAAGAUUUUAUUUUGAUCGUAAUUCACGUAAAUUAGGAAAUAAUCUCAUGAAAAUGACAGCUGUCAUUUGAGUAUCAUAAUAAAACAAUCAUUGUCAACACUGUUAUUGCGACGUCUUUCUAGAUGUUUUAAAGAGGACAUCAAUUCCGUCCAUCACUUUUACGGAGCAAAAAUCUUUUAUCGUCGGUCGUAACCACAACAAAAACAUGAGUAAAAAAGACUAUUUAGCAAAACUGCUAAUUUUGUGCCGUACAAACUGGGCCAAGACCAACUCUUUGUCAUAUCAGCCACUGAUGCGUUUAGGGCCGCACAAAAAGUGGGACAUCUCCAACACUACAUAAAGUGUAAAUGCCAGGUCAUUAUUAAGAAUGUUAAUUUACGGAUAUUAUUCAUGAAAUGCUCAUAAAAAAAUAUAUUUUACAGACAAAGUUACAGGAAUGUAUACACUCUAUCCCAUGCUUACAUCUCAUUGUGCAACAUGAGAAUGUUUUAAGGGGAAUUAAAUGAGAUCUCUGAAAGGGGUACACAUUCUUCCCAAAGUAGGAUCCCCACCCAGACACGCGCACGAAAAACAAGAUUUUGUUUAUUUUAAUCGUAAAUCAUGUAAAUUAGAAAAUAAUCUCAUGAAAAUUACUGCUGUCAUUUGAGUAUCAUAAUAAAACAAUCAUCGUCAACACUGUUAUUGCAACGUCUUUCUAGAUGCUUUAAAGAGGACAUCAAUUCCAUCCAUCACUUUUGCUGAGCAAAAAACGUUUUAUUGUCGGCCGUAACCACAACAAAAACAUGAGUAAAAAAAAGACUAUUUAGCAAAACUGGUCAUUUUGUGCCGUACAAACUGGGCCAAGACCAACUCUUUGUCAUAUCAGCCACUGAUGUGUUUAGGGCCACGCAAAAAGUGGGACAACUCCAACCCUACAUAAAGUCUAAAUGCCAGGUUAUUACUAGAAAUAUUAAUUUACGGAUAUUAAUCAUGAAAUGCUCAUAAAAAUAUAUAUUUUACAGACAAAGUUACAGGAAUGUAUACACUCUAUCCCAUGCUUACAUCUCAUUGUGCAAGAUGAGGAUGUUUUAAGGGGAAUUAAAUGAGAUCUCUGAAAGGGGUACACAUUCUUCCCAAAGUAGGACCCCCACCCAGACACGCUGGUACAUAGCUCAUGAAAAACAAGAUUUUGUUUAUUUUAAUCGUAAAUUAGAAAAUAAUCUCAUAAUAAAAUAUUUAACUUGUUAUGAAGUCAGAUUUGGGACAGGUGUGGCCACAGUCUCUUCACACUGUGCUAUGGAAGUUUUUGCGUUUGCUCAGACUAAUGACACAUUAGAGGGAACAUUGGGUAUAUUUAUUAUGUUCGGCCCAAGUAACACAGUUUGAAUGUAGGAACAUAAAACACCGUCCGAGGGUUCUUAUAUUCUGCUCAAUACGGUAGUCGUCCUCUUCCCCAUCCACAUCCCACUUCCCAAUGGAUCUUUCUCCUCGUGCUGGACUUUGUCAGAAGCGGCGGCGACUGAAACAAGCGUGGCAGCGUCGGCCCGAGACAUGAAACGUGUACAUACCCGGAGUCCUUAGCACACGAUGGAUGUGAUGUAGUUCUUAUUGUCGCAACAACGAGCCUUAUCGUGUCAUGUUUAUUUCAUGUGGUGUUUUUCUUCUUUUCAAAGAUAUUUAUGAAUCUAUUUUAUUACUUUUUAUUUAUUCAUUGGCAGUAUCUAGCAACUAUAAUCAAUAUGUUUACUUUUUCAUGUCCAUUUUUUUAUUUAUGUAUCAUUUGGGUGCUCUGUUUAAUGCUUUGCUCUAUGAAGUAUGCCCUCUGUGUAGGGUGCUAUUUGAUACUGAUGUCCAACUAUUGGCUAGAGAUGUAUAUUAGAGGCAGGUAGUUUAAGUUUACAAUGAUGCUCCCCCCCCCCCGCCCCCUCGUCCCCUGCCCCCCCCCCCACUCGACCAUAGCAACAAGAUGGGUGAUCAUAGCAACAAGGUCAAAGGGCAUCAGAUGUAGUUUGCUAAAGCACAUUGGUAGCAAGUGUAUUUUUGACAGAAGGCUCAGCUACGCACUUCUUCUUUACUCGCCCCCCCCACCCCGAGAAAAAAAAAAAAAAAAAAUGUUUGAAAAAUAAUAUGAAGUCGAUGUGUGGUCUAGAAGUCUUGACAAUGUGUGACAUAUAUGGAAAUAUGUUAUUCCUUCACUUUCUUAAGAUGAUAAUGUUGUCAAGGGCCAUCCUCCGCCACUUCUGUACUUGUUCUUUCCUUUAAAGAAAAACAACAACCUAGAUGUAGAUAUAAUAUCUUGACUUUGUAUUAAAAGCAGAUGAUUGGAUAUACAGCA